AUGGAAUAUGACCGAAAAUACCCCAAGCACCUCCAAGUUCGAGACCUUAUAAGCACCUCUGUGUCAAUAGGUGAUUUUAAAGGAUUUGCAGGGAAUUUUUCCAAAGAAAUUAUAGAUAGAUUGAAGCGGUGUCCCUUGAUCCAAGACAUUACCGAAGACUUGACAUUCAAAAGCUUAGACUAUGAGAUCCAGUAUGAUGCUCCUAGACACUUGGCUAGGGUAAGUAGGAGAAGACGGUUGAGGCCGAAUAAACAAUAUCCAUAUAUUUAUGAUAACGACUUCAUGGGUCAGGGAGUCAAUGCGUACGUGAUUGAUUCCGGAGUUGAAGUGAAUCAUCCGGAAUUCCAAGGCCGUGCGUCAGCAGGAAUUGAUUAUACCAAUGAAGGAUCCGGCGACUCAAAUGGACACGGCACUCAUGUGGCGGGGUUAAUAGGUUCUGCCACUUAUGGCGUGGCGAAAAACGUGAAUAUCGUCGAAGUGAAGGCUUUGAACAGCCAAGGUGCUGGCUCAUUGAGCACCAUACUUUCAGCAAUUGACUUUGUGGUCAACCAUUGUAUAGACUCCGGUAUGAAAGGUGUUGCUAAUUUGUCCUUGGGAGCAUACAAAAACCACGUCUUGAACAGGGCAAUAGAACAUGCGACUAAAACAGGGGUAUUAUUUGUGGUGGCAGCAGGGAAUUCAAAUAUAAAUGCUUGUACGACUAGUCCUGCAAGCUCAAAGUAUGCCAUAACGGUGGGGGCUAUUGACGACUAUAACGAUUCGGUAGCUGGGUUUUCAAAUUGGGGAGAAUGCGUUGACUUGUUUGCAAGUGGUGCGUAUGUGACAAGUGUUAAUGCCAAAAACCCAUUUAGUUCCCUGGUUUUGUCUGGUACUUCCAUGGCAUCUCCUAUUGUCACUGGCAUGGUUGCUAUUUUAUUGAGUGAGGGUAUUUCUCCUUCGCAAGUAAAGCCCACUUUGUUGAAAAUGGCCGCCAAGAACAGAAUAACAAAGUCAUCACUAUUUUUGAGAAAGCAUACACCAAACAGAAUUGUAUACAAUGGAGUUAAGGAAAAGGCCCUGUUGGCUGAAAAGUUUGCUGCUGAAGAGGACGGAGAGGAGUAA